UGUAAGAUAUAUAUGUGAUACCGCCCGAUGGGGUUCAACAUGUCAUGAAGGUUGCCGGGUCGAGAUUUCGUGCUUUCAGUACAUAUUUACGAGGACAUUAUAUGACGGAUGGUGGGGAUCAUUACGGUGAGACUCCCUUUCAUCUUUAUAGCUUCAAAGAGCCAGAGCAUUGGGAAGAGUUUCAGACCCAAAACGAGACCGAGGAAGCUAAGCAUGAGUUGGCAGCUUCUCAGGCCACCACUUCUGCUGAUAUCGCUGGGUCGUCUACGGAGUUGGGUUCUCAUCUGGGACGGGAGGACUCUUGGUUGCAAGGUCACACCCCUGGGAAGCAGCCAGAAGUUACGGACCCUGCACAGAUGGAGAUUCGUGAUAGAAUAGUCCAGCUGAAGAAAGAGGUCGCAGCCGGUACCUUUGUUCCAGAUGGGCACAAUGAUGUACUGACUAGAGCUUUACGGACUGCUAAGCACCUGCGGCAGACGAGGGGUGUUGGGUCAUACUCGGGCUUACGUAAAGUUUUCAAAGGCAACAUGAAGCCCCGUAAGCCUGAAGCCGAUUAUAUAGUGGCACAUGGAUCAGUUUUCCCACGUGCACCAGGAGAUGUGGUGCACGGUGUUUCCCUCCUUCCCCACCAGGUUAAGGUCUCUGUGACCCUUGUGCAUCCUGGAAUUGGUGAAUAUACCAUUUCUUGUCCGACUGAACAUAUAGAGACUAUCGCAGAUUGCGAGGAGAGCUUCGUUGCAUGGCCAAAGUCGUUGGUGGGCCUUGGAGAUCCCCAGUGCACACGGCUCGACAUGGCGACUUCUCAUCGACCAAAUUUCAUCCUAUUCUCAGCAUACGCCCCACUGCUCCUCCUAGCUCUCCCGUACAUGAUGUUGUUGACCGGAGCUCAUACGCCUCUUUCAGGCCAAGGUCUUGGUGGUUACUUCGGGAACGGCACAUGCCUCAACUUAAGGCUUGACCGGAUUGGAUUGAUGUUCCCGGAGUACCCCAACAACCAGGGAACGUUGAGUGUUUUUAUUAUACGAUGCGAUUUUUAUGGCUCAUCGUCACUUUCUAUGCUCAGAGUUCUUUACCGUUUAACGAUGUGUUUCAGUUUACUUCGCCCUAUACCACAUCCGAAUGAGGAGAGAAAUGGCGCCAUUCUGGGAAGAGGCUUUUGCAUCAGUUUUACCACCGAUGCAAAAAGUAACCUGAGCAUUUGCAUUGCUGGCUUUUACAUCGGUUCAAAACCAAUGCAAAAAGCCAUUUCUUCGAUUCGCCGCCCUUCCCGGCUUCUACCUCGCUGCCCCUCUUUAGACACCGUCCACCUACUCACGUUGGCCUCCACCUCCAAAAGCAAUCACACACGCGAGACACCAGGAUUUUAGUGCCUCGCUUGCACCACCCCUCCGUCUGCCGCCCCGCUCGCACCACUAGACGGCGUCCUCCACCACUGUCGCAGAACCUCGCCUCGCAUCGCAGCACCCUGUCUCACUUUCACCACCGUCCGAGCGGUAGUCCCUCUUACCAAACCACAAUUUCAAGUUGUUGAAGAAGCUUGACCUUGGAGGCAUAUAUAUACUGCUGCAGCGACUCAAUGUACUUGGUAGUUUGUUUAAAUCACUGCGUCGGUUUUCAGGAGAAGAGUGGGAUGUGUUUCGCAGAUUGUGGUGUUGUGGCUAAAAAAAAUGCAUUGCGUCGUUUCAAGUUAUCAUUGAUUGGUUUUUUUAACGCACGUUCCUAUUUUUACGAUUGAAAUUGGGCCAUUGAUUUAUCUCCAUGACUGCUGGCGACAGAAGAAGGAAGCCGGAUCAAAGAAGGAAACUGAAUCCCUUUGAGAUUCGAUUUAGUAUCUUUCCUAGCUUGCUUAGUUCUUGUUAUAGUAGGAAUAGAAAUAUGAUAGGAAUAAAAGUUUACUUAUAUG